GUCAGCUGUCAGUCAGUUCAGUUGAUAUCUGUCAGUAAGGGAUGAACCAUGGCAGAGGCGGCGUUUUCCGUAGAUGGAAAAUAUUAUUCUGCCAUUACCCAGGAUGGUAGACUGAGAAUAUGGGACACAGAAACCAAUGUCCUGAAACAGGAGUACACACCAGACUUACAUUUAACCUCGCCGCCUUCUUGUUUGCAAUGGAUAUCGGCAACUCAGUCAGCGAAUACUCAAAAAGGCGGAAGACGCAAAAGUAUAUCAGAGGAAACGCACCACGUAGCACUUGGUACAACAAGCGGAAAGAUUUUAAUAUAUUCAGUCUCACAAGCAAAAGUUGAAACAGUUUUAUCAAAUGAGAAUUCACACAGUUCGAUUACUUCGUUAGAUUGGCACUCGAAAUACGGAUUGUACAGUUGUAGUAAAGAGAAUAAUGUGUGCGAGUGGGACUUACAGAGUUCAUUAAUUAGAUAUAAGUAUAAUGUUAGCGUUGAGAGUAAGAAUAAACAUGGAAAUAUACGAGCUAUUAAAAUUGUACCACAUAAACAGUCCACAGCAGCCAGAUAUUUGGUGGCAGCUUCAUACCAAGUUAAACUGUGGCGGCUACACGAUGGAGAGGCGACCAUCAUCAAGAACUUAGGCCAUAAUGCUGCACCUACUGCCUUGCUGUCUAUAGCCACAUUGAAUGAUGUCUGCUGGCUUAUUGAGGGGUCACAGAACGAGCGACUCCUAUCAUUCUGGGACGUAACAAUAACAGAUGAACACGUACCACAAAUGAACGGAGAUGAGACCCCACACAAGAAGCAGAGAAGGAAAUCUAUCUCCAAAGCCCCUACCACUACUGCCACACCCACUUACAAUUUUGUGCUUGAAGAUGCACCUCGGCUGGUUGAUGUGGAACUUAAGAAUGAGGAUGGGGCCACCCGGUUGAGCUUGGCCGCUGCAACUCGGAGUGGAGUCGUACAUUAUUAUGGACUUAUGUUGAAUGGGUCAUCUACAAAACCCAUCAAACCGUCGGUAACGAUACAGGUGACGAGCGCGGACGCUCGCCCGCUGCCGCUGCAGUGCUGCCGGCUGCCUCCGUCCGGAGACGUCCUGCUCGGCUACUGGAACGGACCGGUCAUGACUUUUGAGAGAGUGAUACCAGAUUUAAAAACAAAAACUCAAAUAUUGAUCCGAGGCGAGAAGGAAUCAAAAAAGAAAGGGAAGCAGGAUGGGAAGAAAGUUCGGGAGAAUGAAACGUCCCAGGUUACAUACGUCGAGCCACUGGGAGGCGUCGCUAGGAAACGAGCCACGCCGGGGGAUAAGGUGGAAGUACCGAUGGAGGCCAGACUGGCGAACCUGGCGCUGGACGUGAAGGGUCGCAGUAAGUCUGCCGUCAGUCAGAACCUCACCAAACUACUGAUGCAGGGACUACACUCCAAGGAUAAAGGUAUAAUCCUGACAGUGCUGCAGAAGGACGACCCGGCGGUGGCGCUGCGUACAGUGAGCAAGUUGCCGGCCGACUACGUGCCGCAACUACUGGAACAACUCGCUGACAUGGCCACCAGGAAGACUAGCCAAUGCGCGUCAGUAUGUACGUGGCUGUCGGCCGUGGUGCGAUGUCACUCGGCUCUAUUGCUGGCCACGAUGGGGUCCCGGGCCUCAGACCAUCUCACGCAACUCCUCGCUAUAUUCACGAACCGACGGUCACAUCUAUGCCAGUUACUGAACCUGAAGGGUCGACUAGACCUCACGAUAUCACAGCGCAGCGCCUCCGACAUCGCGCAGGAAGAACAGGAACCCGUACUCAAUUAUAAUGAUUCAUCAUCAGACGAGGAGAUGGAAGCAGAGCCAUACCAGUCAGACAGUGACGCGUCAUGGGGAGAUGACAAAUUCGAGAGCGAUGCGUCUGCGCAUGAGGAAGCAGACUCCGACGGAGAUUGAUGUUAUAUAAUAAAUAGAUCGUUUUCAUAUU